AUGGUGGUUAUUAAUCUAACAAACAAGGAACUGGAUAAGGCAAAACAAGAAGUGCUGUCGAAGGGUCUAAACUUCGCCCCAGUUCCGAGGAUCCUGCCAAAACGGGACAUCAUAAGUGGGAUAGAGCAAGCCACAAGUAGACUACCUGAAGAAGCUGCAGAAGAAGUAAGAAGAGACGUCUGCAAAGUACUAGACAAAGCAAAGAUGCCGAAGAAUAACAUUUCGGCGGCAGAACACAACGCACUACAGGCACUCAGGGAGGACCAGGACACAGUGGUCUUGGCAGCGGACAAGGGAAACGCGACGGUGCUGCUUAAAUCAGAAGACUAUUGGCAAAAAAUCGACGCCCUCCUGCAGGAACGACUAGGGAAGGACUCACCACAGUGA